UAUUCAUCUCAUUCCCUAGGAAAAUGCGCUUGAUUAUUUUGGAUACCUCUGGUGCAGUUGCGGAGUGGUCCGCUCGAUAUGUUAUUCAACGUAUAAAGGAUUUUAAUCCCACGCCAGACCGGCAUUUUGUUCUUGGUCUACCGACGGGGAGCACCCCUAUGGGAAUGUAUAAGAAGUUGGCUGAGUACCAUAAAGCUGGACUGGUUUCUUUCAAGUAUGUCACCACAUUCAACAUGGAUGAAUACGUGGGUAUUCCGCGUGACCAUCCGGAAAGCUACCACACUUUCAUGUGGGAGCAUUUUUUCAAGUAUAUUGAUAUUGAUCCAAAGAAUGUACACAUAUUGAAUGGGAACGCCAAAGAUCUCACAAAGGAAUGUGAAGCAUAUGAAGAAAAAAUCCAAGCUGCUGGUGGAGUUGAAUUAUUUAUUGGCGGUAUAGGCCCCGAUGGUCACAUAGCGUUCAAUGAACCGGGCUCCAGUUUGGUUUCAAGAACGCGCUUGAAAACUCUGAAUCAAGAGACCAUAAUUGCAAAUGCUCGAUUUUUUGACAAUGAUCUGAGUAAAGUACCCGCUCAAGCCUUGACAGUUGGCGUGGGAACUGUUAUGGAUGCUCGUGAAGUCAUGAUUUUAAUCACGGGAGCUCAUAAAGCAUUUGCUCUGCACAAGGCAAUUGAAGAAGGCAUCAGUCACAUGUGGACAGUCAGCGCGUUUCAGCAACAUCCAAAAACAAUUUUUGUUUGUGAUGAAGAUGCCACUGUGGAGCUAAAAGUUGGAACUGUGAAAUAUUUUAAAUUAAAUCGGGUAGAUGUCUGUAAUAAUAGUAUGGAUGAGAGUUUGAAAGCGUUGUGGGCAAGCUAUGUGUUGCCUGGGGAUCUGGUCGACCUUCCAGCAUUUUCCGAUUCCUUUGAAUGCACGGAUUUAUUGAGUGACGAUGCACUAGAUCCCAAAGAUUUACUGAACUUCACGGCGCCUGAACGAUCUGUUGAUUCCAUUGUACCUGACAACAUUUCUGCUUCCAAUGAAGAAAUUUUCGAGCUGUUACGGAAACACGUUGGUAAUGCGCAUGGGAAAAAGCUUGAUGGAUCCGUGAUUGUGAAGCAAUUCCGUUGUGAAUUGUGUGGAACAGUAGCUGCAAGUGCCAAAGAGUUACGUGCCCAUUGUUGCGUAUCUGAAGAUAAGCGCAAGUUCAAGUGUAAGGAAUGUCAGUACUCUACAUCUGACCGUAGUGCCCUGGAAAAGCACACCAGGAGACAUGCAGGAGAGAAACCUUUCACGUGCGAAUUAUGUCCCUACAAGGCCGCAGAUGCAGUUGUGGGAUUACCGAUAUGGGACAAGAGAAUCGACUUGGGCGACAGUUUCAAUAAGGUUACUGAGUUGGAAGCGGAGAUAAAAAUCCCAGUGACAGGGUCAAAAUCCAGUGGCAAAGUUUUUUCAUGGUCUACCCGUGAUCCAACCAAUGAUCUUGACUGGACUGUGAUGCGGAUUGAGCUCGAAGUUGAGUCCAAACAAGGCUUUCGGCUACUGAUAUUUGAUCAGAACCACCAGGCCAAUGUUGAGGAAGAAGCAAAGGCCACUGUUGCUUGAGAAGAAUGGAAUGCCAACUGAUCAAUCUUAAAUUAUUCAGAUUUUGUACUGUAUUGGAGUGUAGUGUAUCUUCAUCAUAUUUUGUUGAAAAUCUGCAUUAUAAUGCCAGGAUGUGAUGGCAUCCUGACAAGUUUGCUGAUGCCAUCAUCAUGUGAUGAACAUGGACUUUUAAUGAUUGUUCUGAGCCAUAGAGCAGUAAUAAAAAGUUCUCAGGGAUCAGCAUAGGGUGCUGAUGUCCUUCAUAACAUCAAAAACCUUCAUUACUGGAAAUGAAAAUCAUGGAAAUCUAGAUACAG